UGUUUAAUACUUUCAUCCCAUCUUCAUCAGUUCUUCCAGACACUUCCUGAAAGAAUGGGGGCAGGAGCAUUAGCCAUCUGUCAAAGUAAGUCAGCAGUGAGGCUGAAAGAAGACAUGAAAAAGAUUGCAGCACUGCCACUGAACAAGCAGAGGGAUGCUAGCUGCCAGAAGGUGUUUGGUGUGAGUCUCCAGGAACUUCAGCAGCAAGGACUUAGCAAGAAUGGCAUCCCAACUGUGGUGUGGAAUCUAGUAGAAUAUUUGACCCAGCAUGGACUGACCCAGGAAGGUCUCUUCAGGGUAAAUGGUAAUGUGAAAACGGUGGAGCAGCUGCGUCUGAAAUACGAGCAUGGAGAAGAUGUGGAGCUGGCUAAAGAUGGGGAUGUGUGCUCAGCAGCCAGUCUGCUGAAAUUAUUUCUGAGAGAAUUGCCAGAGGGUGUCAUCACCUCAGCCUUACAUCCCCGACUCAUUCAGCUUUACCAGGAUGCUAGAAGUGAUGCUCAGAAGGACAAUAACUUGAAAGAACUCCUGAAAGAGCUGCCUGAUGCUCACUACUGCCUGCUGAAAUACCUGUGCUGUUUCUUGACACAAGUUGCCGAGCAUCACAUGGAAAACAGAAUGAAUGUUUGCAAUCUUGCCACUGUCUUUGGACCAAGUUGCUUUCACGUACCUUCUGGAUUGGAAGGUAUGAAGGAACAGGAAAUCUGCAACACAAUUAUGGCCACAAUGCUGGAAAACUGUCAUACUUUGUUUGAACUGGAGCACGCAAAGCAAGAUGCGGAACAGCAUCCAUGUGAGGAGCUAGCGAGAAUUAUUUUGGUGAAAGAGGCCAAUUGUGCACAGUCCCUGCCUGUCAACCUGACAAGAGCUCUGGAAAGGGAGGCACCAAAGGCAUCUCCAAGAAGCAAGAACUUGUAAAAGGUGAACACCUCAACUGUAGGAAGACUGUCUG